GUCUCGGUUACUAUACGCGCGUCUUCAUCACUCCGCAAAUGAUCUUUGAUUAAACCAUUAAUUAAACACUAAUCUUUUUUAAUCUUCCUCCCGCCACUAUUCUUAUAGAAAAUCAGGGAAGAAGAUCUGAUAAAACGUAUACGCAUUAGAUUAUCAAUCAUCUGCGUAACGCCAUUUUAACCCUGGGAAGAAGCAAACAAUGCGAUGAUUAUUAUCAUCGGAAGAAAGAGGUGACGCAGAAGCUGAAGCAAAAAAAAAAGCAAAAGAAAAAUGGUAAGAGGAAGGAAAAUAGAGAUUGUUUCUUUUCUUCUUCUUCAGAUAGUGGUGGCGGCUACUGCGGCCAAUGUAACAUAUGACCACCGUGCUCUUGUGAUCGACGGGAAGCGGAAGAUUCUGAUCUCUGGUUCCAUUCACUAUCCAAGAAGUACUCCAGAGAUGUGGCCAGACCUUAUACAAAAAUCCAAGGACGGUGGCUUGGACGUUAUAGAGACUUACGUUUUCUGGAACGGUCACGAGCCUGAGAAAAACAAGUAUAAUUUUGAAGGAAGAUACGAUUUAGUCAAAUUUGUGAAGCUUGUGUCCAAAGCUGGUCUCUAUGUUCAUCUUCGAAUUGGUCCGUACGCUUGCGCAGAAUGGGAUUACGGAGGUUUCCCAGUAUGGCUACAUUUCAUUCCUGGGAUUAAGUUUCGAACUGAUAACGAGCCAUUUAAGGCAGAAAUGCAGCGAUUCACUGCCAAGAUUGUUGAUCUGAUGAAGCAAGAAAAGCUAUACGCAUCACAAGGAGGUCCAAUCAUUCUCUCCCAGAUUGAGAAUGAGUAUGGAAAUGUUGAUUCAUCUUAUGGUGCAGCUGGUAAAAGUUAUAUGAAGUGGUCUGCUUCUAUGGCUCUUUCACUAGAUACUGGAGUACCCUGGAACAUGUGCCAACAGGGAGAUGCUCCUGAUCCCAUUAUCAACACAUGCAAUGGUUUCUACUGCGACCAGUUUACUCCUAACUCAAACAAUAAACCAAAGAUGUGGACCGAGAACUGGAGUGGAUGGUUCCUUGGUUUUGGAGAUCCUACACCUUAUAGACCAGUCGAAGAUCUUGCAUUUGCAGUUGCAAUAUUUUACCAACGAAGUGGAACUUUCCAGAACUACUACAUGUAUCAUGGUGGAACAAACUUUGAAAGAACAAGUGGAGGACCUCUAAUUUCUACUAGCUAUGACUAUGAUGCUCCAAUAGAUGAGUAUGGACUUGUUAGACAACCUAAAUGGGGACACUUACGAGAUCUACACAAGGCUAUCAAGCUUUGUGAAGACGCCUUGUUAGCCACAGAUCCAACAGUUACUUCUUUAGGUUCAAAUUUGGUGGCAUCUGUGUAUAAAACAUCAUCUGGAUCAUGCGCUGCUUUUCUUGCAAACAUUGGCACGGAAUCUGAUGCAAAUGUGACUUUCAGUGGUAACUCAUAUCACUUGCCUGCAUGGUCCAUAAGCAUCUUGCCGGAUUGCAAAAACGUAGCUUUCAACACAGCAAAAAUAAAUGCUGCAACUGAGUCUACCACGUUUGCUCGUCAAGCAAUAAAGCCUAAUGCUGAUUCGUCGGAGGAGUUAGGCUCACAGUGGAGCUACAUCAAAGAACCUAUUGGAAUCUCAAAAGCCGAUGCAUUCUUGAAACCUGGAUUGUUAGAGCAGAUUAACACAACAGCUGAUAAAAGUGACUACUUGUGGUACUCCCUAAGGGUGGACAUAAAAGGAGAUGAGACUUUCCUUGACGAAGGAUCUAAAGCAGUUCUUCACAUCCAAUCCAUAGGCCAAGUGGUGUAUGCUUUUAUAAAUGGAAAACUUACCGGAAGUGGAAAUGGCAAACAGAAGAUUUCUUUGGACAUCCCAAUCAAUCUUGUUACCGGGAAGAACACAAUUGAUCUUCUUAGUGUGACCGUAGGGCUUGCGAACUAUGGAGCUUUCUUUGACUUAGUUGGAGCAGGAAUAACUGGUCCUGUGUCACUUAAAAGUGCAAAGAGUGGUAGCUCAAUAGAUUUGUCUUCACAGCAGUGGACUUAUCAGGUUGGACUCAAAGGAGAAGACACAGAUUUAGGAAGCGGAGACUCUUCUGAGUGGGUUUCAAAGUCUCCUUUGCCCACUAUGCAGCCACUGAUUUGGUACAAGACAACAUUUGAUGCUCCUUCUGGGAGUGAUCCAGUAGCUAUAGACUUCACAGGUACAGGAAAAGGCAUUGCGUGGGUGAACGGACAGAGUAUAGGUCGGUACUGGCCAACCAGUAUUGCAAGAAAUGAUGGUUGCACAGAUUCAUGUAACUACAGAGGAUCAUACAGUGCCAACAAAUGCCUCAAGAACUGUGGAAACCCUUCACAGACAUUGUAUCACGUGCCUCGCUCGUGGAUAAAACCAAGCGGGAACACUCUUGUUCUGUUGGAAGAAAUGGGAGGAGAUCCGACAAAGAUAUCAUUCGCUACAAAACAAACAGGAAGCAGUCUGUGUUUGACGGUGUCACAGUCUCAUCCAGCUCCGGUGGAGUUGUGGACUUCUGACUCAAAGAUCUUAAACAAAACAAGUCCGGUUCUUUUGCUAAAAUGCCCUGUCUCCACUCAUGUGAUCACUUCUAUAGAAUUUGCAAGCUUUGGUACGCCCAAAGGUACCUGUGGUAGCUUCAGCCAUGGCCGUUGCAAUAGCCCUCGUUCUCUCUCCGUCGUCCGCAAGGCAUGUGUUGGAUCGAGGAGUUGCAAAGUCGAAGUCUCUACUAGAGUCUUCGGAGACCCUUGUCGUGACCUCGUCAAGAGCUUAGCUGUUGAAGCUUCUUGUUCAUGAGUGUGAUCUUCCCUAUAAUCAUAUGAACCAUGUACUUAUUAUAAAUAAAGAAAUGAAAUGGAUGAUAUAAUAUAAUAUAAGUCUGUCAAUGGAAAUAUAUUUGGCAGGAGUUAGUUACUACAAA